AUGAAAGCCUUCAUCAAGAGCCUGCUCUCGCCGCCCGAAGAACCAGUCACGCCCAGGGUCCAGAUCCUCUCGGACCUGCACCUCGAGAUCAGCAAGCAGUACACCACCUACACCUUCCCCGUCACGGCGCCCUUCCUCCUGCUGGCCGGCGACAUCGGCUGCCUGGACCACUACGACGCCUACCUCGCCUUCCUGCAGGCCCAGGUCGCCCGCUACCGGCGCGUCUUCCUCGUGCUGGGCAACCACGAGUUCUACGGCCUCAGCUACGAGAAGGGCGUCGCCGAGGCGCAGCGCCUCGCCGCCGAGCCCUCCAUCGCGGCCUCCUUCACGCUGCUGCACCGCACGCGCUGGGACGACCCGUCCUCGCCGCUGACCAUCCUCGGCUGCACGCUGUGGUCCGCCGUGAGCCCGGAGCAGGCCGACCGCGUGCGCCUCGCCGUCAGCGACUUUGCGCGCAUCGGCGGCGGCUGGAGCGUCGAGCGGCACAACGCCGCGCACGCGGCCGAGGCCCGCUGGCUGCGCGAGCAGGUCGCCGUCCUGGGCGUCGUGCCGCCGCAAGGGCAACCGCCCAGGCGCAUCCUCGUCGCCACGCACCACGCGCCCUUCCUCGAGGGGUCGGCGGCGCCGCAGUACCGCGACAGCGUCUUCUCGUCGGCGUUCGCGACGGACCUCGUCUCGGCGCGGGCGCGGCAGCAGUGGCGGGGGGUCCGGGUGUGGGCCUUUGGCCACACGCACCACACGGUCGACAUGGUGCAGGGCGGGAUCAGGGUCGUGGCGAACCAGCGGGGGUACGUCUUCCCCGGGGAGAAGCCUCGCCGGAGGUCGACCGCCGAGAAGCUGUCGGCCAAGCAGGCGGUCGAGUUUAAUUCCGGGUUCGCGGUCAGCCUGUAG